AUGACUUCAGUAUUAGAAAAUCUUAUUUAUCAAAACCAGCAAAUACCUCAAGGUGUAAUUUUAUUAUCAAAAAUAAUACCUGACAUUCCGGUUACAGCUUUAAAUCCACUUCUUAAACUUGUUUUUGAUGUUAUCCAAAAAAAAUCGAUUCCUAACAAAGCUUUGGACAACUUAUUAAGAAAAUUAGAUUUGACUGAAAAUGGUGAUAAUUUAUUUUGUGGACUUCUCAUGUUAAUUCAAGCGAUCCUUCGAUUGCCAUCUGAUGCAGUUAAAGAAAAUGAUCUUAAGCAAAGCUUAAAAGAACUUAAAUUUUCUGAUGAAUGUUGUACAAGAUUUAUAUCAGUUUUUCUGGAAAGUAAACCUGAUCUGUAUAGUAGCAAAUCUAAAUUCGGUACUCCAUACUAUCAUAAAUUGAAAAAUUUUAAUUGGAGGAUUGAUAUUACGCUGUCUUCAAAUUUUUUAGCAAAAUCAUUAGAUACUGUUAUAAUUUUUCAAGUUAAUUUAGAUAAUGGAGAAAAUGAAACUUUUGAAGUCAGUAUAGCCAAAUUUCAGCAAUUAAGAUUUUAUGUAGCUUCAAUGUUGAAAGAAAUUCAAUAUAUUGAAAAAAAAAAUGUUUUUAAAACGUAA